UAAUCCAGCUGUCCAUAGUUUGCUCCUCCUUUAUUCCCAUUCCUCCCUCCAAAAGAUUAUAGUAUAACAGUACUAAUUUCCACCUAAAGGUCAAACCUCAACACCUAACUCCGACUCCGAUCACCGCCAUAAACAUGACCCAUUACGGCGCAAUCCCAACAUCAUCGUCCCCAGGUGCCACCACCGUGAAUCUUGAAUACAUAUCCCGAGCCAAAGAAAGAAUAAAGGAAGGUCUAGGUACACGCAGGCCAUGGAAAAUGAUGUUCAAUAUCCGUUCUUUGAAUCUCCUUCCAAACUUCCAAGAAUCACUGGUUCGAGUCAGGACAAACGUCUCUUUCUUUCGUAUGAACUACAUGAUAAUCAUCUUGAUGAUCUUGUUCUUGAGUCUCUUGUGGCAUCCUAUUUCCUUAAUAGUGUUCAUAGUAAUGGCGUUCGCUUGGAUUUUCUUGUAUUUCUUGAGGGAUGAACCUUUGGUGAUCUUUGGCCGAGUGAUUGACGAUCGCGUGGUGAUGAUUGUUCUUGGGGCGUUGACUGUAGUGUUCUUGCUGUUGACCCAUGUUACUUUGAAUGUCUUAGUGUCGCUGUUGGUUGGUGUUGUUGUUGUUGUUAUCCAUGCCGUUGUAAGAAAGACUGAUGAUUUGUUCUUAGAUGAGGAAGCUACUGGUUUGAUGAGUACUCCUGCUCAUGUUCAUGUUGGUGGUGUUGCUGCUGCUGCUGCUGUUUCCUCUUCUACUUCUUGAUUGUGAGGUUUUCCUGUUUUUGAUUUCUGGUGGGUAUGUUUAUUGUUGUUAGUGUUGAGAUUAAUCCCAAUUUGUUUUUUCCCCCUUGUCAAUUUGGUAUAACUAGUUUUGGUCUGUACGAGAUAUCAGUGAAAUUUAAUUUGUUUGAUAUAUUAUGAUAAUUUUAAUUUGA